GUGGCCUCCCGCAGGUGAGUACAGCUGCUCCUUCGGUUUCCCUGAAACCUAACCCGCCCUGGGGAGGCGCGCAGCAGAGGCUCCGAUUCGGGGCAGGUGAGAGGCUGACUUUCUCUCGGUGCGUCCAGUGGAGCUCUGAGUUUCGAAUCGGUGGCGGCGGAUUCCCCGCGCGCCCGGCGUCGGGGCUUCCAGGAGGAUGCGGAGCCCCAGCGCGGCGUGGCUGCUGGGGGCCGCCAUCCUGCUGGCAGCCUCUGUCUCCUGCAAUGGCACCAUCCAAGGAACCAAUAGAUCCUCUAAAGGAAGAAGCCUUAUUGGUAAGGUUGAUGGCACAUCCCACGUCACUGGAAAAGGAGUUACAGUUGAAACAGUCUUUUCUGUGGAUGAGUUUUCUGCAUCUGUCCUCACUGGAAAACUGACCACUGUCUUCCUUCCAAUUGUCUACACAAUUGUGUUUGUGGUGGGUUUGCCAAGUAACGGCAUGGCCUUGUGGGUCUUUCUUUUCCGAACUAAGAAGAAGCACCCUGCUGUGAUUUACAUGGCCAAUCUGGCCUUGGCUGACCUCCUCUCUGUCAUCUGGUUCCCCUUGAAGAUUGCCUAUCACAUACAUGGCAACAACUGGAUUUAUGGGGAAGCUCUUUGUAAUGUGCUUAUUGGCUUUUUCUAUGGCAACAUGUACUGUUCCAUUCUCUUCAUGACCUGCCUCAGUGUGCAGAGGUAUUGGGUCAUCGCGAACCCCAUGGGGCACUCCAGGAAGAAGGGAAACAUUGCCAUUGGCAUCUCCCUGGCAAUAUGGCUGCUGAUUCUGCUGGUCACCAUCCCCUUGUAUGUCGUGAAGCAGACCAUCUUCAUUCCUGCCCUGAACAUCACGACCUGUCAUGAUGUUUUGCCUGAGCAGCUCUUGGUGGGAGACAUGUUCAAUUACUUCCUCUCUCUGGCCAUUGGGGUCUUUCUGUUCCCAGCCUUCCUCACAGCCUCUGCCUAUGUGCUGAUGAUCAGAAUGCUGCGAUCUUCUGCCAUGGAUGAAAACUCAGAGAAGAAAAGGAAGAGGGCCAUCAAACUCAUUGUCACUGUCCUGGCCAUGUACCUGAUCUGCUUCACUCCUAGUAACCUUCUGCUUGUGGUGCAUUAUUUUCUGAUUAAGAGCCAGGGCCAGAGCCAUGUCUAUGCCCUGUACAUUGUAGCCCUCUGCCUCUCUACCCUUAACAGCUGCAUCGACCCCUUUGUCUAUUACUUUGUUUCACAUGAUUUCAGGGAUCAUGCAAAGAACGCUCUCCUUUGCCGAAGUGUCCGCACUGUAAAGCAGAUGCAAGUAUCCCUCACCUCAAAGAAACACUCCAGGAAAUCCAGCUCUUACUCUUCAAGUUCAACCACUGUUAAGACCUCCUAUUGAGUUUUCCAGGUCCUCAGAUGGGAAUUGCACAGUAGGAUGUGGAACCUGUUUAAUGUUAUGAGGACGUGUCUGUUAUUUCCUAAUCAAAAAGUUCUCACCACAUACCAUGUGGAUGCAGCACCUCUCAGGAUUGCUAGGAGCUCCCCGGUUUGCAUGAGAAAAGUAGUCCCCCAAAUUAACAUCAGUGUCUGUUUCAGAAUCUCUCUACUCAGAUGACCCCAGAAACUGAACCAACAGAAGCAGACUUUUCAGAAGAUGGUGAAGACAGAAACCCAGUAACUUGCAAAAAGUAGACUUGGUGUGAAGACUCACUUCUCAGCUGAAAUUAUAUAUAUACACAUAUAUAUAUAUUUUACAUCUGGGAUCAUGAUAGACUUGUUAGGGCUUCAAGGCCCUCAGAGAUGAUCAGUCCAUCUGAACGACCUUACAAAUGAGGAAACCAAGAUAAAUGAGCUGCCAGAAUCAGGUUUCCAAUCAACAGCAGUGAGUUGGGAUUGGACAGUAGAAUUUCAAUGUCCAGUGAGUGAGGUUCUUGUACCACUUCAUCAAAAUCAUGGAUCUUGGCUGGGUGCGGUGCCUCAUGCCUGUAAUCCCAGCACUUUGGGAGGCUGAGGCAGGCAGAUCACUUGAGGUCAGGAGUUCGAGACCAGCCUGGCCAUCAUGGCGAAACCUCGUCUCUACUAAAAAUACAAAAGUUAACCAGGUGUGUGGUGCACGUUUGUAAUCCCAGUUACUCAGGAGGCUGAGGCACAAGAAUUGAGUAUCACUUUAACUCAGGAGGCAGAGGUUGCAGUGAGCCGAGAUUGCACCACUGCACUCCAGCUUGGGUGAUAAAAUAAAAUAGUCGUGAAUCUUGUUCAAAAUGCAGAUUCCUCAGAUUCAAUAAUGAGAGCUCAGACUGGGAACAGGGCCCAGGAAUCUGUGUGGUACAAACCCGCAUGGUGUUUAUGCACACAGAGAUUUGAGAACCAUUGUUCUGAAUGCUGCUUCCAUUUGACAAAGUGCCGUGAUAAUUUUUGAAAAGAGAAGCAAACAAUGGUGUCUCUUUUAUGUUCAGCUUAUAAUGAAAUCUGUUUGUUGACUUAUUAGGACUUUGAAUUAUUUCUUUAUUAACACUCUGAGUUUUUGUAUGUAUUAUUAUUCAAGAAAAAUACAAUCAGGAUUUUAAAUAUGUAAAUACAAAUUUUGUAUAACUUUUUAUGACUUCAGUGAAAUUUUCAGGUAGUCUGAGUAAUAGAUUGUUUUGCCACUUAGAAUAGCAUUUGCCACUUAGUAUUUUAAAAAAUAAUUGUUGGAGUAUUUAUUGUCAGUUUUGUUCACUUGUUAUCUAAUACAAAAUUAUAAAGCCUUCAGAGGGUUUGGACCACAUCUCUUUGGAAAAUAGUUUGCAACAUAUUUAAGAGAUACUUGAUGCCAAAAUGACUUUAUACAACGAUUGUAUUUGUGACUUUUAAAAAUAAUUAUUUUAUUGUGUAAUUGAUUUAUAAAUAACAAAUUUUUUUUACAACUUAUUUCUGAGUUGUGCGUUUGUUUUGAGGGAAGGAGUGAGAGAAGGCAGGCAACAGCUUCACCCCUGUAAAAGUGGACACUCACACCAAACUCUGUGACAACGGUUUUUCAUUUAAAAAUGUUUUAGAGGCCAGGCGCAGUGGCACACGCGUGUAAUCCCAGCACUUUGGGAGGCCGAGGUGGGUGGAUCACCCGAGGUCAGGAGUUCAAGACCAGCCUGGCCAACAUGGCAAGAACAUGUCUCUAUUAAAAAUACGAAAAUUAGCUGGGCGUGGUGGCAGACGCCUGUAAUCCCAGCUACUCGGGAGGCUGAGGCAGGAGAAUCGCGUGAACCCGGGAGGCGGAGGUUACAGUGAGCCGAGAUCGCGCCAUUGCACUCCAGCCUGGGCAACAAGAGUGAAACUCCGUCUCAAAAAAAAAAAAAAAAAAGUUUUAGAAUUCUUUCUACACCUGCAUCUGUAGGUUGACCACUUUUCAAGGAUACAGGCUAUUUAACAUUUUGGGUAUAUUGUGAUGUAUUUAAUUAUUUCCCUACCAACGACUCCUUAGGUUGUCAUCCCCCCACCCUUCUUUUUUUGACUUUUAAAACAGUGCUGCAUCCAGAAGUCCAGAGUCGCUGACAGGUCCUCUGUUAUCUAGGUGUUCUCUUCAAGAUUCCAUUUGGUCAUGCAGCCUUGGAGAAAUAGGAAUGGGAUGGAACUUGCCGUGUUUAUAUUUAAUCUCUUACCUUAUAUGCAUAGUGUUUCUUUUGAGUUGCGCAUAAAUAUUCCAUUUUUGUUUUCUACAAAAAAAAAAACAGUGCUGUAUCAAAUAUCUGUAUACAGACAUCUGUGAGCGUAUUUUUUGAGGAUAAGUUUCUAGAAGUAGAAUGGCCAGCUCAAAAGUUAGAUGCUCAUUUUAGGUUUUGAUAAGUCUUGCCAAAUUGUCUUCAGUAAUGUAUAUUUCUACCAAAAUGGUAUAUUUGCACCUGUUUCCUGAAAUGCUUAUCCACAUUCCAUGCUAUCAAUCUUUGGUUUCCCAAUCUGAUUCGGAAAAAAAGAGUUAUUGUUGUGUUACUGAAGAAGCAGCACAGCCUGGUGGCUAAGAGUGCAGGUCCUGGGCUGUGCUGAAUUCUGACUCCAUCAUUGCUUACAUUAGGGAUGUUUUUAUUACCUCAAGAAGUAAGAAAAAAAUGCGACUCAUUUGUCAAAUGGGGAUAGUAGUAUCUCAGUUUCCUCACUUGUAAAAUUAGGAUAAUAGUAUCUUCCUCAUAAAGUUAUGAGAAUAAAAAUAGUUGGCACGUUUAUGUGGUCAUAAAUAUUAAAUAAUAUUAUUAUUAUGCUCUGUGGACAAGACCUGUUUUCUGCUCUGCCCCCUUUCACUUCAGUGUCACUGCUUUCUUUGCCUGUUCUGCUUUGAGUCUGAUUGCAGGCCUGUGAAGUUGUCCCCGUUUGUCAGGUGAGAAAUGAGAAAAUGGUGGGA